CAGAGCAGACGGGGAGCACAGCUCUGCCUACGAGUGGCCGCUCAGGAGGUCCAUCCUGCUCUGUGCGGUUGCCAUGGGACCACCGUGCAUCACCUCAAAGCUGGCCCUGGACGGACAGACAGCGCGGUCUGUGGCUGGUGGUAGAAUCUGCAGCCGGGCUGUCUUGGCCACCGUCCUCACGAGCACUCUAACAGCCCUGGGUGUGGGCAUCCUUGUGUAUUUCCUGGGGAAGGAAGAAACCCGCUUUGAGCACCUGGUGGAGCUGCAAGGGAUCCCCUACCGGAGCAGUUUGCAGCAGCCCAGUUCUGGCUACUCCCGCCUGCUGACCCCCAUUCUGGAGCAGCUGUUCAAAAGCAGCUUUCAGAACUCGCCCCUGGACGGCAGCUGCUCCAGGUGUACCGUCUUGCAAUACAGGGAGGUCAAUGGCAGCCUCAUCGUCCGCUUCCACCUCUGCUUCUCUGCACCACCACCCAGCCCUGGCACGGAAGAGGACAUCCUGAGGCGGGGACUGGCAGCGGCUGUAGGCAUCAAGGGCGUCAGGGUGCCCGCCCAAGGCACCAUCUCGGCUGCCUCCCUCUUGGCAGGGACACGGGACCUCACCUUCUCGGGCACAGAGCUCAAGUCAGGAAGCUGUCCGAGGGAGGCCUUUGCCUGUCGCAACGGCCAGUGUGUGGCCUCAGGAAGUGUGCAGUGCGACGGGCGGAAAGACUGCCCGGAUGGCUCUGAUGAGGCCGAGUGUGACUGUGGGACCCGGCCAGCCAUGCGGUCCGCCACCCGGAUUGUGGGGGGAUCAGAGGCGCUACUGGGCGAGUUCCCAUGGCAGGUCAGCCUGAGAGAGAGCAAUGAACACUUCUGUGGGGCAGCCAUCCUGACGGCCAGCUGGCUGCUCUCCGCUGCACACUGCUUCAAUGAGUUCCAGGAUCCCCGCACCUGGAUGGCGCAGGUGGGCAGUGUCUGGCUGAGUGACGGUGAGGGCAACCGGGCACAGGCCAAAGUGCUGCGCAUCCUCCGGCACCCUUCCUACAACACGGAGAGCGCCGACUAUGAUGCAGCCCUGCUGGAGCUGGCAGAGCCCCUUGCCUUCAGCAAAUACGUCCAGCCGGUGUGCCUGCCAGCCCCCUCCCACCGCUUCCCCCCUGGCAGGAAGUGCCUCAUCUCCGGCUGGGGGUACCUGAAGGAAGACUUCUUGGUGAAGCCGGAACUGCUGCAGAAAGCCACAGUGGAGCUGCUGGAUCAGGGUCUGUGCAGCAACCUGUACGGCAGCAGCGUGCUCACCGACCGGAUGAUGUGUGCCGGCUAUCUGGAGGGCAAGAUCGACUCUUGCCAGGGGGACUCCGGGGGCCCGCUGGUCUGCCAAGAGCCCUCUGGGCGCUUCUUCCUCACAGGCAUAGUCAGCUGGGGCAUCGGCUGUGCGGAGGCCAGGCGCCCAGGCGUUUACACCCGUGUGAUCCGGCUCCGGGACUGGAUCCUCGAGACCACGGCUGCAUCCAGGGGCCCCACCACCUCAACCAUCCCGCUGGGCCCUGGGCUUCCUCAUCCAGCUCCAACCCUGGGCGCAAGCGCAGCCGGCCUGCAACACCCCAGCUCCACCCCCAGCUCUGCCUCCCUGGCCCCAAGCAGGCCAGCGGCCCCAGGCCCCCAACCCUCAGGUAGGGCUUUGGCAUGCAGCUGGCAGGGAGAGAGAGAGGCGGCAUGUUGGCCUCCUCCUACGCCCACCACAGCCGUUCCCUGUUCAUGUGCAGAGUGCGGUCGGCGGCCUGGUUUCUCCAAGCCCACGAAAAUUGUGGGUGGCCUGGAAGCAUCCCGUGGGGAGGUCCCUUGGCAAGUCACCCUGAAGGAGGGUCUCCAGCAUUUCUGUGGAGCUGCCAUCAGUGGGGAGCAAUGGCUGCUUUCAGCUGCACAUUGUUUCAACCACAUCAAAGUGGGACACCUCACUGCCUUUGCGGGCACCACUUCACUCUCAGCCAUGGAUAGCUCUUCUGUGAAGGUCGGCAUCCAACAGGUGGUGCUCCACCCUUCUUACAAUCCAACCCUGUUAGACUUCGACGUAGCAGUGCUGGAACUGGCUAGGCCGCUGCGCUUUGGCAAAUACAUCCAGCCCAUCUGCCUCCCGCUGGCCGUCCACAAGUUCCCCGUGGGCAGAAAGUGCCUGGUCUCGGGCUGGGGCAGCCCCCAGGAUGGUAACGCUUCUCAGCCUGAGAACCUGCACCGAGCCGCAGUCGGGAUCCUCGAGCAGACGACCUGCGAGGAACUGUACAACGUCUCUCUCUCGGACCAGAUGAUGUGCGCGGGGUUCCUGGAGGGGCAGGUGGACACCUGCCAGGGGGACUCGGGGGGACCACUGGCGUGCGAGGAGACCCCAGGAACCUUCUACUUGGCUGGGCUUGUGAGCUGGGGCGCUGGCUGUGGGCAGGCCAAGAAGCCAGGGGUCUACGCCCGGAUCACCAAGCUCAAGAACUGGAUCCUAGACAUCAUUUCGCCCCGUCUCAGCACCGCAGGGCCCCUCAGACCCAGGACCACCUCUGCCUCCACCGCCUCUGGCCUGGAGCAAAGGCCUACACGGCUUGGCCCAAGCGCUGGCCCUACCAUCUUGACCACACCCGGGCUGGCAGUCAGUGUCCCCAAGACCACCCAGCCGCCAGCCGUGCCAUGCACCCCAUCCACAUUCAAGUGCUCCAGCAAGGUCUGCAUCGGGAAAGCAAACCCCGAGUGUGACGGCACCAUUGACUGCAGUAACGGAUGGGAUGAGACCAGCUGCAACUGCGGCUUGGCCCCUACAGCCUUCAGCAAGAUCGUGGGGGGCAGCAGUGCAGCGCAGGGUGAGUGGCCGUGGCAGGUGAGCCUGUGGUUGCGGCGAAGGCAGCACUCGUGCGGAGCUGUGGUGAUUGCCGAGCGGUGGCUGCUCUCUGCUGCCCACUGCUUCGACAUCUACAGCAACCCCAAGAUGUGGGUGGCUGUCCUGGGGACGCCCUUCCUGAGUGGCCUUGAUGGGCAAGCAGAAAAGAUUGCUCGAAUCCACAAGCACCCCUUCUACAACGGCUACAUGCUGGACUAUGACGUGGCUCUGCUGGAGCUGGCAGCCCCCCUGCGCUACACCAGCGCCAUCCGGCCCAUCUGCCUCCCAGACCGCACCCACGUCUUCAACGAGGGCAGGCCCUGCGUCAUCACCGGCUGGGGCUCCACCAGAGAGGGGGGCCUCGUGACCACACGUCUGCAAAAGGCUAAUGUUCAGGUGAUCCCGGAGCAGGACUGCCGGAGCUUCUACCCCAUCCAGAUCAGCAGCCGGAUGCUCUGUGCUGGCUUCCCACAGGGGGCCGUCGACAGCUGCUCGGUGAGCCCACACAGGGUCCCCACCACAGGGGUAAAGGGGAGAUGCGGGAGGCCCCUUGGCCUGCAGAGAGCCGUCUGGCCGCUGGUUCCUGGCAGGCAUCACCAGCUGGGGCUAUGGCUGCGCCCGGCCUUCCUUCCCUGGGGUCUACGCCAAGGUGACAGCAGUCCGGGGCUGGAUUGCACAGAACCUCAAGGCAUAACCCCCUACCCACUGGGGCUAGCAGGGGGAGCCCACGAGGACUGAGCCCUCAUGGUCCCAAUCCUGCCAGAGCCCUUUCUACCAGACAGGACACUUCUGUUCCAGCUGCAGGUACAUUAAAUGAAAAUUACCCACUUGUGACUUUCCUUGACUUUCCCUGGGCCUGCAGGGAGGGAGGGUUUUUUUCCUGGCACCCCCAGCCUCCACAGCUUGUCAGAAGCCCCUGCAAUGCUCACACAAGCCUGGGGAGCGGGAUGGCUUCCCUCCUUCCUCCAUGCCAAGAAAGUGCUGCAGCUUCAGACAACAGAAACGCGGAAGAAACUGAGGUCCAAGGAAAGGUAACCGAUCUUCCCUGCAUCGGCCCAUCUACCGCUUAGUCUCUCCAAUCCCCAAACGGCAGGAUGUGCACACGAUGUGCUCAAGAAGGAUUAACACACUCCCACCGUUCACACAACCUGUAAGCCUGAAUUAAUAUUCCAUGUUCUUUCUCAGCCUUGGGGACGAUCAAUGGAUCACCCGCCACCCAUUCUAGCUGAGCCCAGUGUCACCUGCCUCGCUUUAUCCGAGGACAGAUGCCGGCACUGUAGGGCCCCAAGUCUCUCCCGCCACUGGCCAGCGGAACAAGGCCCAGGGACCACACCCCUCUUAGCCCAGAGCGUCGGGCCUGAAGCCUCCAUGCACUCCCACAAAGCAGACGGGCAGCCUGCACUUCUUCAAGGCCUCCCCAAAACCAGGGAUCCAGAAGAUUAGCAGCCUAAAUCCAAGCUGAGAAGAGGAAGGCGGCCUUUGGCUGUGAAAAAAGGCCAGCAGCAGAGAAGGGACAGGCCAGGUCUUGCUUCUGACAGCCUCAGGGAGGGAGGGAAGGCUGGGCCUCAGCAACACAGGCUGCAAGAGCACUCUGGGUUUUUCACGCGCACACACACACACACGCACACGCACACACACAAACACACAUGGAGUCCCGGAAAGGAGAUCAGCAGCCUCUCCUCAAAU